AUGCCUUUGUUAGUUAUUUGUCCUGCGCUAGAUGAAUUAAGAGAAAUUCCAUUCUCAUGUCCAUCCGAUUUUGAUUAUCGGUUCAAUUCACGUCUUACAUGUAAAGUUAGAACGGCCAAUUUAAUUUGCAUGUGGUUAAUGCUAAUUGCUAUGAUACUUGCGACAUCAUUUGUAAUUUGUAUUCCUGAGGGUGAUUAUGAUAAAUUGACAAGGAGAUCCAAGGUGACUGGAACCAGAGGUUUGGGUGAUGAUUGUAGUAGCACACGACUUAUUAGCAAGCAUUACGAAGAUGAUGACCUAAUCACCGGUGAUGAUGAUAAUAAUCAAGGGUCCGAUUUGUGA